ACAUGUGCACAAAAACAGAGAAGACGCUCAGCGGCACGCCUACAAAGUUUUGGGUACAUUUGAGAAUUUAAAUACCUCUUUGAAAAGAGGAGCUGCACAUCAGCAGGUGUGGACCAUGGAGGCAAUGGACACAAGCAUCUCCACCGAGGAGAAGAAGAGGCGCCUUGAACAAAAGGUGUUUGUCAACAGAAGCCUGACGCUGGAAAAUAUUAAAUGCUAUGGCUUCGACAUGGACUACACGCUAGCAACGUAUACGUCUCCCGACUACGAGAGCUUGGGCUUUGAGCAGAUACGAGACAGGAUGGUGUCCAUUGGAUACCCUCAUGAGAUUCUGCGCUACAAGUACGACCCCAGCUUCCCCACUCGUGGCUUAGUGGUUGACACUACAUAUGGGAACCUCCUGAAGGUGGACUCAAAUGGAAAUAUAUUAGUCUGCAGUCAUGGCUUUCAGUUCCUCAAAGGUGAAGACAUUCACAAAUAUUACCCGAACAUGUUCAUCCAGAGAGACGACACUGAUCGCUUUUACAUCCUGAACACUCUCUUCAAUCUUUCAGAGACUUAUCUCUAUGCCUGCCUGGUUGACUUCUUUACUGGAUGUACCAGAUACACAAACCUCCUGAAAGGUUUCCAGCACGGUGACUUGCUAAUGUCGUACAGAAGCAUGUUCCAGGAUGUUCGAGAUGCCGUGGACUACACUCAUGAUACAGGAUCCUUGAAAGAAUUAACUACCAAGAAUUUGGAGAAAUACGUUGUCAGAGAUCCAAACCUCCCUGUGCUCCUCACCCGGAUCAAAGAGGUGGCCAAGGUUUUCCUCGCCACUAACAGUGACUACUACUACACCGAGGUCAUCAUGACAUACCUGCUGGAAAGUAAUGUGAAGCCUGGAAGCCCCAGAAAGAGCUGGCGCUCGUAUUUCGACCUUGUCGUUGUGGACACCAAAAAGCCGCUGUUCUUUGCAGAGGGGACUGUGCUGAGACAAGUGGACACGAACACAGGAAAGCUUCGCAUCGGGACAUACACCGGUGACCUCCAGCAUGGAACAGUCUACUCAGGAGGAUCCUCAGACAUUGUUUGUGAUCUGCUGGGCGUCAUAGGCAAGGACAUCCUCUAUGUCGGAGAUCACAUCUUUGGCGACAUCCUGAAGUCUAAGAAGCGACAGGGCUGGAAGACUUUCCUGGUCGUUCCUGAGCUCACCAAAGAGCUGCAAGUGUGGGAGGAAAGGAAAAAUAUCUUUGAGGAGCUCAAGUGUCUUGAUCUCUACUUAGCUGAACUUAACAAGCACCCAGACACCACCAGUCAAGAAUAUCGUGACAUCGGUUCCAUUCAUAUGAGAAUGAAGUUGCUGACCUACAGGAUGGACAUGUCAUAUGGCCAGAUGGGCAGCCUCCUGCGCAGCGGCUCCAGGCAGACGCUGUUCGCCAGCCAGCUCAUGCGCUAUGCAGAUCUGUACUCUUCCUCCUGCCUGAAUCUGAUGCAUUACCCCAUCAAUUACCUCUUCAUGGCUCCUCCAGUCCUGAUGCCCCACGAGGUUGUUUCUGAGGCAUCUCCAGACUUUGUGUCAUCGCCGCUUACUCUCAACAGCUAUCCUCUCACAAACAAAAACUGAGUGACGGCAGAGUCAGACUCAGGGAUGAAGAAGCUACAGAGUAAUGUGCAUCUUCUUGUCAUUAACAUUUCACACACUGAAGACGGCUGCUUGUACCCGUGCACACAUGAAGGGUUUAUUGUAAACCUAAGGUGCACACACUAGCACGAAAUUAACUUACUGCUCCACAUGCACGCUGACAGUUUAGGAUUUCAAACAGAAACAGACUCAGUGUUUUUACUUCUAGUUUUAAAGGUUAUGUAAUGGUUUAUUUUUUUUAAAAAUGUUCAAAAAAAGGAGCUUUACUCCAUAAUCUGUUGAAUUGGUUCAAUAAAACAUUCAUAAAAUCCGUUUUUAUUGUUCUCAAUGAAGUAAAGCUCCUAAAUAAGCAUAUAAAUCAGUUUUGUCUAAGAGAGAUAAAUAAUAUUCAGAAUUUCUUUUGUAGUUGUUGCAAUCACAGUUUUUAGAUGUGAUUUUUCACACAAAAAUAUAAGUAUUAUUAUUUUAAAGCUCAGCAACAGAUUGUCUAAACUAGGAAGCAAAAUCUUAAAAAUAUAGCAAUAUAGCAUACUUUAGGAAAAAUAACGUGUAGUUAAAGAUUUUACUUUCUGCAUUAAAGUUUUUGUCCAGUGGGUGGCGCCUGAUCACCUCUGCAGCCCACCUGAGGAUUGAUUCUUGUGUGGUUGAAUGAGUUUAUUUUUAUACCCAUAACAAACAUAUUGAAUAGUUUUAUCUCCUUGAACAAAUAUUUAAUCUUCCAAAAAGCUCUCAUCACUUUUAUACCAGAAACAUUUAUCUCACAGCUGUUGCAGAAGCUCGUCUUGAUCGUUAAACUUAAAUAAGUUACAUUUAUUUUGAAUACAUGAAAGCAGAAGCAGAUGUUAAUAUCAGGAGCCUCCAUCUGGAUAUUCAUUCAUCAUGGAGAGCACCAACAUAAACAGAUGUGAUGCAAUCCAUGAGCAAACACCUAAACACACUCACAAAUAUGUGUGGCUCUGCAGGACACAGGGCACCUGGACAUUUAGCAUUUGUUCUCCUUCUGUAUCUCAGGAACACACACGCACACACACACACUUUCUCUCCGUUGUUACUGUAGGAUUUCCGCGCUCAUGUGUGAUUGUGGAGGAAUUUUCUAUCAGAGUGUCACGAUGGUGAAAAUGGUGAAAUCCUUUACUGUCAGUGACGCUUCACUCUGGAGCCAAACUUCAGCUUCACAGUGAUGUGCUGAUCGUGUUAUUUUAUUUUAUUUAUUAACUACUUAGAGCAUUAGUAAAGAUGAUGUGUGUGAAGAGAUUAAACGUGAAUCUAACUUAAUCUAAAGUCAUCAUUGUUUUAAAAAUAUUUCAAACUUUCAGCUGCUUUAAGAUUAACACAGAUGAACUCUUUUGCGUUUUUUCGCUGCUUGCUUCAGAUUGUUUUCAGAUAAGCCACGAGAGGUAAAUCCAAUGCUCAGUUUUCAAUCCCUCCUCCUCCUCCUUGUCAAAACAGGCACAUAAACAUUUCCUUGAUGAUUUCACUUCUUGUAUCGGGGCUAUUUUGGUUUAUUUGGAUUUCUGCCUGCCCAUUGUCUGUUGGUCACCCGUGUUUAUUGUUGCUGUUUCUUGAGUCAUUGUGUUCGCUUUGUCCUGUUGUAUUUUCUCACCUGCACAAAUCAGCUGAUCGCUUCUGUUUAAUCUGCUUUUGAAUGAAUGCAUUUUGUGAGAAUAACCCACACUCGGCGUCCGCUGCUAUUUGAUGUUCAGUGAAACUAAAGCAGGCUCUGAUGAUCAGUUUGUCGCUGUGGUAAAUUUUCAUUUCAUCAUUAAUCAUUUAUCACAUCAGCAUAACGAGCAUUUUGUGAUUGUGUCACAUUCACUAGUUGCCUCUGCACUACAGCGCCUGUCCUUUGGAUGGCAUUAAACUGCCUCUCUGCAGCAGGGAUGAAUCUUUGAAGAGGGUUAAAUGAUGGGCACGGUCAGCACAUCAGCAGAGAGCCUGUGCAUCUUCAUUUAUCUCUCAGCAAAGAAAAGAGCCGAGAGAAACGACAAGUUUUGCUUUUCUUUUCAAAUGUACCAGCUCCCAUUUUUAAUAUGAAAAUAAAGCAUUGCUUCCUGUUUCAAAUAUUUUGAAAGUUGCUGAAAUACAAAAGAGAUUAUAUAAAAUAGGAAACUUGUUCCCUGCCAAAAAUACAAUAUCUUCCUUUUUAGACUUGUCCAAAAAUCAGACUAACAUACAAAUCUACCCUACGCAUCACACAAUAGCCACCACACCGCUCUCUGAUGGGAGAACUGUAAAUCACAACUGUUUGUCUUUAAAAUAAUUUAGCGUCUGAUCACUCCUUUAAUAGCCUAACUGCUUAAACAGAGGAGGAAGAGGAGUGCCAUCAGGAUCCAAAAUAGGGCCGUGACAUUAAUAGUUUCACACCAGCAUUAUUUUUGGCAAACAAAAUUCACAGCAAUGAUUUUUAUCAUGAUAUUAAAGGAGAACUUGAAACACGAGUAGCCAUAAUACUGUUGGUGAAAUCCAUUAAAACACGUAUAUGUUCUGUGUUUUGGGGGGAAAUGAAUGUGACUCAAAAUCCAAGUGCACAGACGUGGUGAAAGAGUCUGUGGUUAUGAAUUUCUAAAAGCAUAUAAUGGGAACAAUUAUGCAAAUAUUUUACAAUAUAUGCAACAUGUGUAUUACUGCCACAGUUUAGAUGUAUUUUAUCAUCAGUCAGGGUUAACAUGGCACCCCGGCUGAACGAUGACAGCAUGUCUGCUCUCCAGAGAGCUCAUCACACCGUCGAAGCAUCCAGAACCUGCUGUUUGAUUUAAACACAGUGGCUAAUGUGCUUUUGGUUGGAGGCCUUUCUGAACUGUUUAUUGCAUUUAUUAGAAUGUGAAAAAUGUCACCACACUGAAUGGCUUUGCAAAGUGUGAAAAUGCCAAAGAAAUCGUUAAUAAUUGCAGUUAUUUGCUUUGUUAUGCAGCGAAAGCAGCAUCACUGCACGAGAGGGAAAAUGUAUGGAAUGCCAAAGUGGUUUUAGAUCUGAGCCUACAAAUAAGAUACUAUUGUUCACAACAAACUAAAAAAAAAUCAUAUUUUAUUUCUUGUUCAUCAUCUACUUUGCAAACGGAAGGUUCAGUGAAUAUAAACAUUUAAAAAUAAAUUGUGCUUACUUACACUAAAACAAAUGGAAAGUCUUGGAGGUGUAAUUUGAAAGUUACUGGUGGUUUUUAUUGCUCCGGCCCACUUACAGUCAAACUGGGCUGUAUAAGGCCCAUGAAGUCAGAUGAGUUUGACCCCCUAAUGUUUGCCAUAUGAAUUUCAAACCUAAUGAUUUUCACUUUGUUGAUCCUAUGCCUUUGCUGGGUCAUUGUUGGCACUUACAAACAUUUUUCCUCACUGCGUGUGAAGCUCUGAGUGUUUUCCCCGUAUUCCACUUGACUGGAUAGUCUACACCAAGUGAAAUUUAAACCCAAAUAUAUACUUUUAUUUUUUCCACGACACAAUAACACCGAUACGGUUCACACGUACUCACAAUAGUUGAUUAUUUAAGGCAGGAUUUCUGCCAUCUUUCUAAACUUUCUAGUUUCCUCUCAAAUUAAAAAUGGAGUUCUGUAAGUUUUGCAAAAUAAAUAAAUAAAUAAAUGUUUUUAAUAAAUGCAACACAAUUUUGCAACAAGAUCCAGAGCGAAAAUCUGUUUGUGCAUCAAAACUGUCGAAGCUGUAAGUGCACCCUGCUAAACCGUCCGUUUAAGGCCUGCAGGGAUUUCAACGUUUAGGUACAAAAACUGACAAUUUUCAUGUUUUUUUUUUCCACCCUCUACUUUCUAGACUUUGUCACUGGAGUAUAAAGGGCAAUUUAUAUUUUUAUGAGAAUGCUGCAUCUGCUGUGCAAUCGUGUGGUUUCAUUUAAACCCAUCAUUUUGCAAAAAAAAUUAAAAACUGACAAAGAUGUAAAUUUAACUGACUUUAUUUAGAGAGAGGGUGACAGAAGAACAUGACAGCAGAUUAAUGAGAAAGGUUUCACAAACCUGUUAAAUAAAUUAUUUAAAAGAAAUACACAUUUACUUGGUUUAAGAUCAAUUAUAUAAAUGCAUCACAUAAUUUAACUUGGUUUUUUUUCCCCUUUUCAAAAAUGUACAUUACCAAAAACUAAAUCAAACACAUUGCUCCAAAAAUAAAUGACAAACAAAACAAGCACAGCGUUUGCUCUGUAAUUGAGUUCAUGUAAUCAUUUAAUUAGCUUCUCUUGCCUGGAGUUUAACCGUGCAUUCUCUGAUUGAGGUUUUAAGCUGCUCAAAAAGCACUGCUGACAUGUUGGGUUUCACUGCAGGAUACUUGCUGCUCUAUGCAGUCAGAUAGCUGCAGAAGCACCACCGUCCCCCAUUCCACACAUUCCAGGAUUUCCCAGCAAGCAUUGCAAGCAAGCCUAAACAAGUCACGUUCUUUACUCAGGAAGAAUUUCACACAGUCAAGUGACUGAAGCCUGCUUUUGUUUUCCCUCUGGUGAGCAAUCAGAAAGACCCACCUUUGCAUCUGAAACACCUCUGUCACCGUUUAAAAUGUAUUAUUACUAUCAUACGUUUUCUUUUUUGUCUUUUUUUUUUCCUUGUUCCUUUCUGGAGAGACCUAAUGAGAUUCUAUAAACCAGCUUUACUACACAGUCACAGCAAACCUUCUUUUCACCUGAAACCUUUUACUGCAGCGGGGCAAUCUGUGCCCCAAAAUAUGCUUCCUGUCUGUUUUUAAUAAUGCCUUGAGUCCUUCUCCAGCAGCUUGUAACAGCAACUGGACUGUGGUUAAACAUUUCCACCCAGAAAGGUCCGCUGACAGUCAUCAAAACAAACGUCUUUGCUCUCCUACUUCAGGGUUCAAACACGAGGCACACACGCACGCACACAGGAGCAGUGACACCUAAUCUCGACACGGAAAGAGAAGGAAGAAAGAAAAUAAAGGGAAGGCAAAAGGCAAGAGGGUGAGAGGGCCUUGCUCCCUACAUUCCUCACAAACGUCCCCUCCCCCCAUCGACCUGCUACCACCGAGGAUGCUCAGAAAGAAAGAAACCCCCCACAUACAUUGACCUCCCACCCCUCCUCCUUUUCUUUUUCAUCUGCUUAUUUUACCCCAACAUCCAUGCUCACCAUCUCAUUGACAACAGAACACCAUGAAGAAAAAAGGUAGAAGUCUGAUAAGAAGAGAAAAACUUGAUUGUUUAAUCAUUUUAACAUAAAUAAACUGCAGUGUCCGCUUUUACUUCAAAUCCA